AGCGCUCGGAUCGGUGGUUAGACAGCGCAACAGCGAUUCCGUUUACUUGCUCGGUGACGACGGGAUGAUCGACCCGUGUUAUCGACCGAGGUGUUUGUAUGAAUUGAAGUGCCAAAUUCGAACACACCGCCCCCCCGUUGAAUGAAUUCAUUCAACGUGAAGUGCGUAGUAUUAAUAACGUGGAACGCCCAAGAUUGUAAUGCGGAAAUUUUUCUUGCGGUGCUUACAUGCGAUGAGACAACGCUUACGUUUGCUUUUACGUCGUAGAUUUCUCGCUUUCGGUGACAAGUGUGAUUGGAAGGAAACAAAGUUUCGCAAUAGGGCGCUUAUAUUCCCCGGACGACGUUUUUACGCUGACGACUCGGAUGAGGUUAUCGUCUCCUGGGUGGCACUUGAUAAUGCGGCCAAGUUCCCAUCGGCAAGGCGGAAGAUUUUGGUUGCGAAGCAGGACAAGUUGACCGACUUGAGCGAGAUUUUGCGUCGUCUUCCAUUUUGGGCGUUGGUGCAACGUAUGCAGGAAGCUUGGAAUUGGUGAGCCGUCCUUUUGCGCGGAUUAGGCCGUCGGUGUCUAAAUAAGGACACAGAGAAAGGAGAGCGCUUGUUUUUGGGACUGGCUUGGACUUUGCUAAGGCUCCCUUCUCCUCCGGAAAAGCGUUG